AUGGGAAACGCUUCUAGUGCAGUGACUGCUGGUAUAAAAAACCAAGUCAAUGCAUCAAAUAAUGCUAUCAACAAACUGGCUGAUAUGAGUGGUCGUGGUUUCCUUGCAGAUUUGGCUAUGGAAGCAGUCAAAAGUGGAAAUCAUGAAGAGUUGAACAGACAGAUACUUGAGAAAGUGCAACCAAUGCUUUAUAACAGUGGACAGGGAGAGAUGAUUCCUCUAUCAGAUAUCAUUGCUCAAAGACAUAAAGAGCGUACAGGAAACACAUUUGCUGUGACGAAUCCGUCGACAGAAUGCCGAUUUAUUUGUUGGAAAUUGAAUUCUCGUGGCGCUGUUGGAGAGACUCUUUUGCAUACUUGUUUCUUAGCAGGACUUCCUGAUCAUAUGAAAUUACUUGCUGAACGGCUGAUUGCUAUUUUCCCGAAAAUAAUUAACGAUUUCUAUUUGAGUGAUGAAUAUUAUGGAGAGACUGUACUUCAUAUGGGAAUAGUGUCAGAGAACGCCGAGUUUGUAAGAUACUUAUUAAAGAAUGGAGCGGAUGUAAAUGCAAGAUGUUCUGGAAACUUUUUUACUUGUGAUGAUCAGAAAGGAUCAAGAACUGAUAAUUUAGAAGUUGAACAUGCAAUUAUCAGUAAGCAUACCAAAUAUCCUGGUCAUCUUUAUUGGGGUGAAUAUCCACUUUCUUUUGCUGCAUGCCUUAGUCAACCGGAAUGUAUUCGAAUGUUAGUGGCUCACGGAGCCGAUGUGAAUGCUGCUGACACAAAUGGAAAUACUAUUCUUCAUAUCUGUACUAUUCAUGAGAAUUGGGUGAGUAUUUGGUUUGAUAUUACGAACACUCUGUGCUCUCAGGAAAUGUUCAAAAUGGCGUUGACACUGGGAGCAGACCUUCAUAUUCAGAAUCGUCAGAAUCUAACUCCCUUAACAUUAGCUGCCUUUUUAGCAAAGAAAGAGAUGAUGCAAAAAAUAGUCGAAGAGGAGAGAACUGUCAACUGGACUUAUGGUAGAACACAGUCAGCUGCUUAUCCACUAGAACACGUGGAUUCCAUUGAACCAACCAGUGGGAGUAUUAACCAAAAAUCAGUGUUGACUAUAGCUGUUUAUGGUGAAAAGGCUGAACAUUUAUCUCUGCUCCCACAUCUUCUUGAACAGUUGGUUCAUCAUAAAUGGAUUGCCUAUGGAAGAAAAACUUUAUUUGCUCAACUGUUCAUGUUUUGUAUCUACUUCAUCUGCGUAACUUCUUGCUUUCUUCUCCGACCAAGCCCUUUUGAAAGGAAGCAGCAUAUUGCAAAUGAUUUGAUUUGUUUCUAUGAUUUUAAAACUAGAAGUUUCAACGAAUCAGCUGUAUCUACAAUUAUCUACCACCUUCUUCAUUUAAUUUGCGUUUCUGGAGCAACUCUUUAUCUAGUUCAAGCACUUCUCCAUAUCAAAAACGUUGGAUACCAUUUAUAUGUUCUUGGACUAUCAGGAUUCCCAGCCAAAGCCAUAUUUUUAUUUUCUUGUAUUCUAAUGAUCCUCACAUUCUUCCUAAGAAUUUUCUGUUUGGAUGAAGCAGAAGAUAUAGUUUGGAUUGUGAUUGUUCUACUAACAUCUCUCAAAUUUCUGUUCUUCUGCAGAGCAAUAUUCAGAGGAUUCAAGUCAGUUGGACCAUUCGUUUUGAUGCUUUACAAAAUAAUCAUUAGAGAUUUGAUGAGGUUUUUUCUGAUCUACUUGGUCAUCGUUGUUGGUUUCUCGCAAGCAUUCUACGUGAUUUUUCUGGGAUACAAACGGAAUGAUUCGGGAAACCAUGAGCCAAGUAUUAUGAGCAAUGGCGCAGAGAGUUAUGUCAGAAUGUUCAUCAUGUCUCUCACUGAGUUUACGGUAUUUUUUGAGCAACUGGAGGAGUGUGAACAUACGGUUAUUGGAAAAGUGAGAUCUCUUCUUUUCAGAAAAUUUUUUAAAUGCCAUUGUUACCAGAUCACAUUUGUUGUUUAUAUGCUUCUUGUUACUCUUCUCCUCAUCAACAUGCUUAUUGCCAUGAUGACUAACACCUACACCGAAGUUUCUGGAAAUUCACUGGAAUGGCUUCGUCAAUGGUCUGCAAUCAUUUUAAUGAUGGAGCAGAGCUUUGACCCAGCGACACGGUUACGGUAUCAGCGAAGGUACGGUAUCAGAUUCGAUGGUGGAGAGAAACUGGUUUUGUUGCUGAAAGAUAAGAUGACUGAAAACGAAUUUGAGUGUCAGAGAAAGAAAAUGCACGAGGAUCGGCGCAAAUUUCGAGAAGAACUUCGAACGAAUCAGAGAAGGAGACCGGCCUUCAUAUGUAAACAAGGAGCAAACUAUUUCAAAUCGAAGCAUCGACAUUCUAAAUUAGCUGUUCCGACAUGA